AUGAUUCGGAAAAGCAAUUCCGUCACUGCGCGUAGUCAACCGCGGAGGCUGUCGUCCUCGACUAGGAGUCAGAAGUCGGAGAGGAGAACAUCAUUCGGUUCGAUGGACUACCGGGCGACCACUCUCGAGCCACAUCAUAUCAUCGUCGAAGACCAACAGAUGGACGAUGAGAGAUGGAGCCGUUUAGCUUUCGCCCUCGGAAUGCCAUACAGCGAUACCCGCCGAUCUAGCCCAGAAGCCACCAGGUUCGCGCAGCAGGUCAGAAGUAGAAGGACCAUCAGCAGCAAAGAAAUGACAAGCCUCCUACUACCACUCCUGGUGGCUGUGGCCAAGGACCACAAGAUGAUGAAGUGCAGAACGGAUGCCCUGUUCCACCGGGACGGCAUUCCAGACGACGUCCCCGAUUAUGAGGUCGAGGAAGGAUGGAAGAUGCAAUUGCCAACUCCCAAGCCUACCAUCACCUUAGGCUACUCGAGUGGAGCAUUCAACAGCCAUCAAUUGGAGCUACAACACGGCAUCAUUUCCAACAACCGAGGCGAACCGUGUGACCUCCACAAGCUUUCCCAGCCGGUGCCAGAUGUGUACUGGCCGUUCUUUAUCAUAGAAGCUCUUGACGAUUCCAUGCUGGCGGCUCGGAAUGCAUGCGCCGGUUCUGCAGCAACGUGCAACAACGCACUGAUGGUCUUUGCCGGAGCGGCGCAAGAGCCGAUGAAGGCCUACCAUGACAUGAACUUUCUGUGGAAUUUGAGCAAAGCGGCGCAGUCAUUCUCCCUCGCCAUCAACGGCAAAACCGCCUGCCUUAACACACACAACUCCGAGGGCUGCCUACCUCAUGCCGUCGGCGUCAUCAGGACAUACCGACUCGACGACGAACAAGAGGUCGAGGCCAUGGCGGCGCGCAUCGGCAGCAUCUUUGUGUGGGCCGAGAACUGCAGGCUUCAGUGGAUCAGCGACCUGUUGGGCCAUUUUGACAGACGCGUACAGCUUUGCAAGGACACCAUGGCCAAGAACGGCGUUUCAUACGACCCAACCGAACUCGCCAAUUUUGGCGUCGUCCCCAAGACAAGGAGGAGUAUCAUCAAGAGUGUAAUAGCCGAGAGUUUGCCUCGAUGGGCGUGGCCACUUUGA